AUGAGGGUCGGAUUGAGAUCCAGUACUCAGUUACUAGCUCAAAUCCAGCCAUUUCAUCUAGCUGCUGGUGCCACCAUAAUAGCGCUCAUCGUCAACGCUCAACAUCUCCGAAGCAUUCUCGAAGCCACAUCGCAAUAUAUAUAUGACUCGCUUUUGAAGGCUCUCUUUAACGUCUCUCAGACGCUUUUCGGGUUCAGCUACGACGACAGCAUUUUCGAUCAGCAUAUACGCCUGAUUCAUCUGUCAGAUUCAGCAUCCAACUCAUCACCUAAUCUCACUCUCCAUACCUUCAAACUCGAUGAAUGUCCGCCAUACAUCGCCCUUUCUUACACCUGGGGUCCGGUUACACAGAACACAAUCUUUGACCAAAGUUCAAUUCUUCUGAAUGCAAGGCCAUUUCCCGUAUUACCAAAUUUGCACCAUGCAAUCAAGCAAUUACGCAUCUCAAGAUCAGGCCAGUACCUCUGGGUCGAUGGAAUCUGCAUCAACCAGAGAAGUCUCCCCGAGCGCUCUGCUCAAGUAGCAAUAAUGGAUCUCAUAUACAACGGAGCCGCCGAGACAAUAAUAUGGCUUGGUCUCGCCACAGAUCAAACAGCUAGGGCUAUCGAACUCGUUCAAAAGAUUGCGAAAGGCGCUGAGUCUAAGAUCAUAGAAUGGGGAAGGGUUCAGUCAUAUGGCGAUGCUUAUAUCAUGAAUGAUCCUGAGCUCUUAAAAAGGAAUGGCCUUCCAAAUCUUACCGAGAACGACUGGCUGACUCUUCGAGAUAUCUACACAAGGCCGUGGUUCGGACGUGUCUGGAUGCUUCAAGAAGUUGCCCUCUCUCGCAAUCCAAGAGUUCUCAUCGGCCAUCACGAGACAGCAUGGGAUUCGGUUGGCGACACAGCUGGGCUGAUCAACAUGUCCGGUGCCCUUAUCGGUUUGUUUACUGUGGGCUCCGGAUCAGAAACCGCGCCUUUAAUCUUCUCUCUUGUUCACGCUGCUGGCCUUCAUGUUACUCGCCAAUGGGCCCAGGACAAGAAUAGUCGGUACAAGGAGAUUCUGAGAAGCAUUGAUUAUUCUGUUGGGAUACGCCAAGACCAUCCUAAAAAGCUGCUGCUCGAGCUAUUGCUAAGUAGCAUCGGCUUCAAGGCGACUAUUCCCAGAGAUCGUGUUUACUCUCUGCUUGGAAUCGUAAACUUCAUGGAGCGUGCGAAAGGGAGACCUCGGCUCGACGUCAUUGUAGACUACAAAUCUCCUAACAAUGACAUCCUUAUAGAUCUGGGCAUGAGCUUCUUUAGAGAAACAAAAUCCCUACAUCUCCUAUCCCUCGCCGGUAUCACCAGCCGUGCCGUGCCAGCUGACUUACCAACCUGGAUCCCCUCUUUCGAGACAGUUCACGUCCCCGUUCUUGGCCCCAACUAUACCAGAAUGCUUCCAUUCGAUGCCGCCGCGGGGGAAGAAGCAGACUUUACAAUCGACAGGUCUCUCCUCCAUCUAAACAUUAAAAUCUUUAGUCCUCAUCUUGGUACAAUCGAAGAGCUCGGUGAGAGCUGGUCUGAUGUUAUUCAAGGGAAGUUUAACGAUACGAUGAAGAUGCUUCUUCACUGCGGCACAACCUAUAUACCUACGGGCCAACCAAUAGUUGAAGCUUUCUGGCGGACUCUUAUUAUGGACUGCGACUUAUCCCAGCGGCCCGCACCAUCACAUCUAGCCAUGUCCUUCUCUAAGUGGAUGCUUCUUGUCACUAUCCAAGCCCUGAUCGCUUAUCAACACAAGAACCCAUCUAUGUACGAUCAAUUCGAUGCCUUGGAGCCACUUUGGACCCUGGCUAAUACUCGAGACUCUACCAAUACCCUCCCCAAAUCUGGCGAUAUGAUCCCAUUAUUGUUUGAGCUUGGCUUACGCCACGACCCCAGUGUUCGAGUUGACACUGAAUCAGAGAAGGCUGCCAAGUUCGCUUCUUGGGCCGAGAUAUCCGCUCCCUUCGAAGCCUUAUUACGUGUCAAUCUUGCUGCAAGCAGACGUAUUGCGAGAACCAUUCGAGGCUACUUAUGUCUAGUUCCUCUUCAGGCCAAGGCCGGGGAUAAAAUCAUGAUCGUCGCUGGCUGUGCAGCCCCCUUGGUCCUUAGAAGAUCAGGCCCUUCAGAGAGCCGCUUUCAGCUUGUCGGUGACGCUUAUGUUCAUGGCGCUAUGUUUGGAGAGCACAUCACUGGCACUGGCGAGUCCUCCUGGAGAGAUGUUCAUCUAGUUUGA